AUGACAGAAUAUACUCAGAUAGAGCUUCUCACUCUUCACGGUCCGGAGUUCCGUCGUGUCUCAACUGCACCACCUCGGCCGCCUACUGAAAAUGAGAUCCCAGUCAUUGAUCUCAGCGAGAUUGAUUGCGACCUGGACUCUAGAAAGGGCAUUGCAGCUCAAGUGAAGGCAGCCGCCGAAAACACGGGCUUUUUUUACAUCAAGAAUCAUGGCAUUUCGGAAUCGUUGAUUGGAAGAGCCCUGGAAAAUGCCAAAGCAUUCUUCAGCCAGACAGAUGAACAGAAAGAUCUGGUCGCACACGAAAGAUUCAAGCACUACAAUGGCUACCAUGGAGUCGGAAGCACCCAGAUCAACAAAAGGGAAACAAAGGACCGGAAAGAGACAUUCUCACUACGCUACAACCCAAUCAAUGACCCAACAAUCACGGACCCCUCUGCGCUCCUCGCAAACGAGAAAUAUUCAGACAAUGACGAUGACGCCCUGUGGCAGGGCACAUCACAAAUCCCAGGUUUCCAAGAAACAACCAUCGAAUUCUGGCAACAGCGCCUAACCCUCGCCCGCAAGAUGAUCCGCAUCUUCGCACUAGCCCUCGACAUGCCAGAGACCUACUUCGACAAGGUAACCACCAAUCCCGGCGCAGACGGCCUCUAUGUACACUACCCCGGCUCCGCAGAGACCGUUCCCGCGCACGCUGCAACAGAUGUUGGAAUCGGAUCACACACCGACAUCCAAUGCGUUACCCUCCUCUGGCAGGAUAUGUCAGGCGGUCUGCAGGUGCUAUCAGCCAGCGACGAGUGGCUCGAUGCGCGGCCGAUUGCCGGGACAUUGGUGGUUAAUAUUGGAGAUUUUUUGCAGCGGCUUUCUAAUAAUCGAUUCAAGUCGACUGUGCAUCGAGUCUAUAACCGGCAGACUACGUCACGGUACUCGAUGCCCUUUUUCUUGGGAUUUAAUCCGGAUUCGGUUUGUCGGGUUGUACCUAGUUGUGUUGAUGAAGAUCAUCCUGUGCUGUAUGAGCCUAUAUCCUGUGGGAAGUGGCACCAAGAUCGACUUUCACUUGCGCAGGGCAGGGCUGUUACUGCAUGA